GCAUGAAUCAUGACUCAACGGCUCAUUUUUCUUUUUCCAUAGUGCGUCUGUCUGUGUGUCACCGGUCUUUUUUUUAGUCUUUCUUUGUUAGGCUGCGUCAUAUGUGUUGCUGAAGAGGUUCUGUAGAAGCUGUUGUUUUGAAACUGAUCUGAGGCCAGUUUUGUAUUCAUGUCGUAUCAGCUGAGACUGGUUAAGGGGAUGUGGCUCAAAGAGGGCUUCAGAUGGAGGAAGUGAAGUCAAGCGUUGCGUUCUCACAGACGAUAGUGUGAAGAGUGGGAGAUCAAAGCUGCGCUCGCGUCUCCUUUCAGUUUAUCUUUGUGCCCGACUCUGGCCGGACCGGUCCAAGGCCUGUCGCUUGUUUGGAGUCUCUGUCUUGAUCCACACGGGCUGAACAGCAGAAAGCAACCAUGUCCUGCCUCAAGUGCCUCAAGUACACCAUGUGUGUGGUGAACUUCAUCUUCUUUAUCUGUGGAGUUGGCAUCUUGGGAGUCGGGAUCUACUUGAAGACGACGUUCAAUUUCUCAGCCCUCGUGCCAUCCAUCCCAGCCAUGAGCGUUACUAAUGGACUCUUCAUCCUGGGAAUAUUCAUCACCUGUGUGUCCUUCUUGGGCUUCCUGGGAGCCCUCAAAGAGAACCGCUGCCUGCUCAUUUCUUUUUUCAUCUUGUUGUUCCUGGUGAUGCUGGCUGAGCUGGCCAUGGCUAGUGUCCUGCUCAUGUAUGAAAGCCAGAUUGACAAAAUGAUAAACGAAGGACUAACCAAAAGUCUGAAGGCAAUAGAAAAGAACACAACCAGCAUCGAGUGGAACACUGUUCAGACGACAUUUCAAUGCUGUGGAGUGCAAAAUGCAUCAGACUGGGAAAGCCACGUACCCAAGUCGUGCUGCAAGUCCCAACACUGCAAUGGCUCUGAGCCGUACUGGACACAGGGCUGUUAUACAAAGCUGAAGAAUUGGUUUGAGGGAAACCUCCUGGGCACCGGGAUUGGGGUCAUCAUUGUGUGCAGCAUUGAGGUUUUGGGCAUGUGCUUCUCCAUGACGCUGUUCUGCCACAUCAGUAAAUCUGGACUGGGAUACAAGUGAAGAGCCGUUCACAUCACGCUUUCCCAAAAUGCAACAAAGAUGAGGAGAGAGCAUUUAGCUUCCUGUUAUAGUUUAACCAGUAUUCAGUGCCUCAGGCAGUAACACUCCAUGCCACAUUGCAGCUAUUAUUCUGCUAUUCUGUCUGAUUCUGAUUCAGUUUUUGACAUAAUUUGAAAAUGCCUUUUGCCCCUUAUAUUAUGUGUAAGUUUCAUGAUGAAUGGGCCAAAAGAAGCAGCCCAAAAUGACUUGGAAAGACGUCCAU